UAAAUUAUUAAUAUAAAUGGCGCAAAGUGCUAUUUUUCCCGUCGAUUUGAGGGUUAUUGGAAAUUACCCAAAUCUUGUUCUGUUUGAAUUCAACGAUUUUUUCUGCGAAGUGAGAUUGAAAUGGCGGAGGAUGGUAAUAAUCGUGCUAAGAAAGAGUCAACUUUAGUGCCGAGUUCUUCGAAUUUGCCGCGUCAAACCCAAGACAUUGAAAUUGAAGAUCCCGACGAUCCCGUCAAAUCCGUUCCUAAUUCCGCCAAUAAUUCAUCUACUCGCGAGGCUUGCUAUGCUGUUCUUCAGAGUUGGGUGUCAAAGAAGUUUAUGACUGGAUGUGUUGUUCUCUUUCCUGUCGCUGUUACAUUUUUCGUCACUUGGUGGUUUAUUCAGUUUGUUGAUGGUUUCUUCGGUCCGAUAUAUGAAAGGCUCGGCAUUGACAUAUUUGGUCUUGGAUUCAUCACAUCAUUAAUCUUCAUUUUCUUUGUUGGUAUAUUUGCUUCCUCGUGGUUGGGUGCCACAGUUUUCUUGAUAGGAGAAUGGUUUAUAAAGAGAAUGCCUUUUGUCAAACACAUAUACUCAGCUUCCAAACAAAUUAGUUCUGCUAUCUCUCCAGAUCAAAAUACCACUGCUUUCAAGGAAGUUGCCAUCAUUCGUCAUCCUCGCGUUGGAGAGUAUGCGUUUGGCUUUAUUACAUCAUCUGUAGUUCUUCAGAGAGAUGAUGGAGAUGAGGAGUUAUGCUCUGUUUUUGUCCCAACAAAUCAUUUGUACAUAGGGGACAUAUUUCUGGUUAACUCGAAGGAGAUCAUUAGGCCAAAUUUGUCCAUCCGUGAAGGCAUAGAGAUCAUUGUGUCCGUCGGAAUGUCCAUGCCUCAGGUGAUUUCUCCCGUAGAAAGGAUUACAAACCAGAAUAAUAUGAUCCCUCUGAACGGAAUUAUGUAGAACAGAACCUUGUUGUCGAAGAAUGUUCGACUCGUCCAGUUAACUUCGAAGGCAAAGUUGCAUCUCUACUCUUCUGUCUUUCUAGUUGUUGGACGACACAAAUUGUAGUUGUGAGUUAUGUAGUGGUGAAAUAUUGUAUUUCGUUUUGAAAAUUAGUGCACAGAGUUAGGCGUAUCCAGGUGGUGCAAUGUGUUUUCUUGCAAUUGUGAUGUUAUACUAUUUCAUUUUUAUAGAGAAAAUGACAAGAAACCCGUAUGCCUAUGCUACGGGUCCAUAAUGCUGGAUUUUUGUAAUUUUUUGGCAUGAAAAUUUGUACAAUUUCGAUACAAUGAUAAUGGUAAUACUCCAUCUUUAGACGCGUUA